AUGCAGCGUGCAUUGAGCUCACGAGCACGAGCCACGGCUCUGUCGGCCUCCCGUCACCGUGCUCUUGGCCAGCAGCUUCGAUUUGCUCACAAGGAGCUCAAGUUUGGUGUUGAGGGUCGCGCCUCCCUUUUGGCUGGCGUCGACACUUUAGCCAAAGCUGUCGCCACCACCCUUGGUCCCAAGGGCCGAAAUGUCUUGAUUGAGUCCAGCUUUGGCUCUCCCAAGAUCACAAAAGAUGGUGUCACUGUCGCCAAAGCCGUUUCGCUAAAGGACAAGUUCGAGAACCUCGGCGCCCGUUUAUUACAAGACGUCGCCUCCAAGACCAACGACGUUGCAGGUGACGGAACCACCACCGCCACUGUGCUCGCCCGAGCCAUCUUCUCCGAGACGGUUAAGAACGUGGCUGCUGGGUGCAACCCCAUGGACUUGCGCCGCGGCAUCCAGGCUGCCGUGGACUCGGUCGUGGAGUAUCUCCACAAGCAGAAACGCGACAUCACCACCAGCGCCGAAAUUGCUCAGGUUGCCACCAUCUCGGCCAACGGCGAUGUACAUGUUGGACAGAUGAUCGCCAACGCCAUGGAGAAGGUUGGUAAGGAGGGUGUCAUUACCGUCAAGGAAGGCAAGACGAUGCAGGAUGAGCUCGAGGUCACCGAGGGUAUGCGCUUCGACCGCGGCUUUGUCUCUCCCUACUUCAUCACCGACACCAAGUCCCAAAAGGUCGAAUUUGAGAACCCUUUGAUUCUGCUCUCGGAGAAGAAGAUCUCUGCUGUCCAAGAUAUUAUCCCCGCCCUGGAGAUCUCUACCCAAACCCGCCGCCCCCUUGUCAUCAUUGCCGAGGACAUUGACGGCGAGGCACUUGCUGUCUGCAUUCUCAACAAGCUCCGUGGACAGCUGCAGGUGGCCGCCGUCAAGGCCCCCGGUUUCGGUGACAACCGCAAGUCCAUCCUUGGCGACAUUGGCGUGCUCACCAACGGCACUGUCUUUAGCGACGAGCUGGAGAUUAAGCUGGAGAAGGCCACGAUUGACAUGCUUGGCUCCACCGGCUCCAUCACCAUCACCAAGGAGGACACGAUUAUUCUGAACGGCGAGGGAUCCAAGGAUGCCCUCGCCCAGCGCUGCGAGCAGAUCCGCGGGGUCGCCGCUGAUGCCACCACCUCGGAGUACGAGAAGGAGAAGCUCCAGGAGCGUCUGGCGAAGCUGUCUGGCGGAGUUGCCGUCAUCAAGGUCGGUGGCUCUUCCGAGGUUGAGGUGGGCGAGAAGAAGGACCGAUUUGUCGACGCCUUGAAUGCCACGCGUGCGGCUGUCGAGGAGGGUAUCCUGCCUGGCGGUGGUACCGCCCUGAUCAAGGCGUCUGCUCAGGCUCUCAAGGAGGUCAAGGUUGCCAACUUUGACCAGCAGCUCGGCGUAAACAUUGUCAAGAACGCCAUCACCCGCCCUGCCCGCACCAUUAUCGAAAACGCCGGCAUGGAGGGAUCUGUCGUUAUUGGCAAGCUCACUGACGAGUAUGCUGCCGACUUCAACAAGGGAUUCGACAGCGCCAAAGGCGAGUACGUCGACAUGAUUGAGGCCGGCAUCCUGGACCCACUCAAGGUUGUCCGCACCGGCCUUGUUGAUGCCAGCGGUGUUGCUUCUCUUCUGGGCACCACUGAAGUUGCCAUUGUCGAAGCUCCCGAGGAGAAGGGUGCGGCCGGGCCUCCCAUGGGAGGCAUGGGAGGCAUGGGCGGCAUGGGAAUGAUGUAA